UUUUACCAUUUCACGGAUGACCUGGAAUGUUCCCAGGUUUUCAAUUCAGUCGAUUUCUGGACGUUGCUCAGCCCACACAAUUUUUCACCGAGGUCUCGACGACAUCCUUCCUGACGAAAGUUGUACUAGCCGCGACGACAACGACGAUCGGAAUUUUGCUGGUUUUGCAAAGACAGAAAUCUUUUUCGAAUUUUAAAAAUCAGGAAGAAUUAGAUAUAAAAAUGGAGCCGGAACAGGAUUUGAGCAGCAAAAGUGGGGGGCACAAGAAGGGAAAGAAGGGAUCAGUUAAAAAAAGUGGGGGUGGUGGAGAUAUCGCAAUUGCGGUAGAAAUCCCACCCCCACCACAAAGUCCGACGCAUGAUGAAGUGGAGAAAGAGGUCACCUUGAAGGCAGAGAUUAAAGAAUCGAACCAUCCCGAGAAAGAGGUGAUCCUUAAGGUGGAAUUGGGUGACCCCAACAUUCCAGAAAAAGAGGAUGGUUCCAUGACCGAACUUCUCCUCCUUGGGAGUCGUGAGGCAGAAAGGAAUUUGCUCGUUCUGCUUAAUAAACGGUUGGAACGUAUCAUCGAAAAAAAUCGACAACUACAGGCAGCCAAUAAUCAGUUAAUGACUCAGUUGGAGGUAGAAAAGGAGCAAUGCAGCGCAAAAGUAACCGAGGUCACCACCAGAGCGAACGGCGACCUAGAAAAAGCGCUCAAUGACCUGGCCAACGCCAAAAAGGAAAUCACCGUCCUCACAUUUAAACUUGGCGCGGUUAAGAAGGAAGGAGAUGAUGCUAGAAAUAGCUUACAACGCUCCCUGGACGAAGUGGGGCGACUUAAGAAACAAAUUGCCGACUUAGAAGCGCAAUUAAACGAUGUUACGAACAAGCUUAAGAAAACGACCGAAGUUAAAAAUAAAACAGAACGAGAACUUAACGAAUGGAAGGAGGAGGCCAUCAAAUUGGGACAAGUUCUUCAGGACACUAAAACCGAGCUUGAAAAAGAAAUUUUAGCCAAACUCGACUUGGAGGCUCAACUUAAGGGUGAAAUUCAAGAAAAAACUAUGAAGACGACGCUCAUCGAGACGGAAAUGAUUCAAAUGAAGGCUACAGCAAAUCAAUUGCUGCACGAACAAAAUGAGAAACAGCAAAAGGAAUUUGAAAGUAUGUUGGAGAAAAAUAUGAAAAAUCUGAGGGACGAGUAUACCCGAAAACUGGUGGAGAACAAGGAAGAGCAGGCCCGUCUGUAUGAGGAGAAGGAACGAGACCACAUCACAAAUAAGGAACAAUUGAAGAAUAAUUUGGCCGAAAAGGGAGCCGAAUUAGAGAAAACUUUGAAAGAGGUAAAAACUUUAACCGAAUCGGUCCGCCGUCUCGAAACUGAACGCCACGCCCUUCUCGUUCAACUCGACGAUUUGGAAUCCGAACGUAAAGCAGAACGUGCCAAACUUGAGGCGGAAAUUGCGAACAGAGAUGAAUUAUUGAAAGUCAAGAUUCGCGAGCAGAACGAAUUAUUGGACAGAUGUCAGCACUUGUUGGAUGUUAAGGUUGCGCUUGAUAAUGAAUUGGCCGCUUAUAAAAUCUUGUUGGAUACGGAAGAAUCGCGUUUGGAGAUUGGCGAAUUUGUUAAGAAGGAUGAAAACCAGAAUUUUGCUCCUCAACAGCAAACUGCAGCCUGAUUUCGAAAUUAAAUAUUUAUUAAUAUAUCCUUAAUUAGUAAAUUAUCCGAAUAAUUAACCCGAAUUGACUGAUUAUUAUUUUGUCUGAAAUAAUUUUUUUGUCAGAGUGAUUAAUUAAAUGAAGUGCUCGUUAAUAAAAAAAAUAUAAAAAUUGCAAAAAUA